UUAGCCUCGUUUGUGCGGGUUGACGGCUCACUGACGCUACAGGACUCGUUGGCUAGAGACGUUUCCCAGACAACCGUUUAAUUGUGGCUGUGCUGAUGUCACGUUUAGUUAACGUUGGAUUCGGUGACACGAGCAGAGACGGGCCAGCGAGACGCCCAGCCCUAAAGCAGACCGCCCAGCGUGCACCUUAGCCAGGCGUCCCCGAGCUAGCUACCGGGAAGGCUGACGGGGGACAGCGGCAGCACUCCAGGGGUGUGGCCGGGCUGGUCCUUCACCUUAGCCGGUUAAGCGAGUGGUUUGGUGGGACGUGAGUUAGUUUGACUCCUCGUUACUGAGGGGGGAGGACGAUGGCUGGCGAUGAUGGCGGCAUACCAGAGCUGGACCAGGGGAAGUAUGACGCGGACGAACAAGUGAAGAUCAUCUGUUUGGGAGACAGCGCAGUUGGGAAAUCAAAGCUGAUGGAGAGGUUCCUCCUUGAUGAAUUUCGUCCACAACAGCUGUCCACGUACGCCCUGACUCUCUACAACCACACAGCUGUUGUAGGAAACAAAACUGUAAUGGUCGAUUUCUGGGACACAGCUGGCCAAGAGAGGUUCCAGAGCAUGCAUCCUUCAUAUUACCAUAAAGCGCAUGCUUGUAUCAUGGUUUUCGACAUUCAAAGAAAGAUCACUUACAAGAACCUGGCCAACUGGUAUAAGGAGCUGAGAGAGUACAGACCAGAGAUACCAUGUUGUGUGGUUGCCAACAAAAUCGAUGCUGACUUGAAGGUGACACAGAAGAGCUUCAACUUUGGCAAAAAGCAGGGACUUCCAUUCUACUUUGUAUCAGCUGCUGACGGAACCAAUGUAGUAAAGAUGUUCAGAGAGAUGAUCAAAAGAGCGGUGGACUACAAGCAAAAUCCCAGCGACUUCAUGGAUGAAGUGUUGCAAGAAUUAGAGAACUUUGAACUGGAGACAAAGGAAAACACUUCUAAUGCGGCUGAGAACGGACUGAAGGCUGAGAGCCCGGAAAUGAUCUGAGAGGAAUUCCGUGAGUUUCUAGGCCAUCUCCUCGUGUUACCGACAUUUUAUGUUACACCACACAGGAAGUGUCCAAACUGGAACAACUGAUGCUUAACGUAGCCUCUGCUUUUGGUUAACCUGAUGGGAUUCUCGUGAGCACAGACUCUACAUUGGUAGUUCUCUGACUGUCAGUGACCAGUCAGACCAGUCAAGCCAAUUAAUUUUUGUAAUGUGAUUUUGGCAGUAGGGUGGCACGGUGACGCAGUAGUUAGCGCGGUCGCCUCACAGCAAGAAGGUUCUGGGUUCGAGCCCCGGGGUAGUCCAACCUUUGAGGUCAUCCCGGGUCGUCCUCUGUGUGGAGUUUGCAUGUUCUCCCCGUGUCUGCGUGGGUUUCCUCCGGGGGCUUCUGUUUCCUCCCACAGUCCAAAGACAUGUAGGUCAGGUGAAUCAGCCGUACUAAAUUGUCCCUAGGUGUGAAUGUGUGUGUGUGUGUGUGUUUGUGUGUGUGUGUGUGUGUGUGUGGGCCCUGUGUGAUGGCCUGGCGGCCUCUCCAGGGUGUCUCCCUGCCUGCCGCCCAAUGACAGCUGGGAUAGGCUCCAGCAUCCCCGCAACCCUGAGAGCAGGAUAAGUGGUUCGGAUAAUGGAUGGAUUUUGGAAGUUUUGGCCCAUUAUCUCCUCACAUGUACAUGUUUAGCAUUAUCACUGUUGAAAAUGAACAAAAGUGGAUGUCUUGUCACAUUGCUCAGUCCCCCAUCGCCCCGCCCACUGAAGCUGGUAGGGAGAAAUAACUUGUUUGGACACUUGGGACACUAACCUGGUUUUGCAUCGAGCUGCUCUACUGUCAAACGUUGUUUAGGUCGCCUUUUGCUUGUAAACUUGUCUGUCAAAUGUAUCUUUUGUAAUACUUAGUAGAGAGCGGUGGAAAACACUACAGCAGACAUGUUAAAUGUUUACUUAUGAGAAAACAUGAUUUUGUGUACAGUAUGAAUAAUGUGAACUGUGGAAAACGUUCAUUUGGACACGAACACACACACAGAGCGAGCUGUGGUUGUGCACCGUCUUGCUGCUCUUGGUGAGCUUUGUGUCUGGUCAUGUGUGCAAUAAUGAUGGGGGGCUACGUCCGUCGGCUGCUACCGUUGCAUCAAUAUCUUAGUGAAAAGCCAUGGACCUCAUUUAGUGUCUUUAACAUGAUUAUUGAAUGUACUACUCAAACAUCAUGAUUUUAAUGUUUUUUUGUCUUGGCAGUACCAUAAUUUUUUUUUUUUUUUUAGAACAAAACCAGUGAUUCUGGCCCAGUAAGACAGAUCUGUAUUUGAGUCAACAGUGUGCAUGAUAUGAAGUCCUAUAUUUCCUGUAUCUUACUCUGAGAGGCUUUGUUAUUCUGUUAGGCAGUAAUAUACAUU